GUCGUCUAAUUUGGUUGCAAAGUGACUAUUUAUAUUCACUUUACACGCGUUUGGUAGAGCUGGAGUUUCUGCUAGGAAUACUUCAAAAGCUGUGAACUUACAGGUGAGCAUAGCCUAGCCUCAUCUUCUUUGGGGUAGUAGGUAUUGUAUGAAGUCUACACCAUCGUAGAGGGUAGCCAGGUUUAAAAUUGAGUAGGACUGAGAAUCGUAGCGCGAAUGUCUUUCCACGUACUGCACCAUAUCCAGUGAAAUUUAGCUUUUGGACUCAGUUCGCAAAAACAGGUCUUUCAUGUUCUAAGCCAUAAGCCACACUUAUUGUGUGAAGGCAAGUGGUACUACCCAGUUCCCCAGACUGAGAUAGGUAGAGUGGGGUUCGAACGCGGGACCCACUGAAUGAAAGCCGAUGAUGAGCCCCGUCGCCACAUUCAGUGAAAUGGAUAACUCCAUCACAUUACUGCCGAAGGAAUUGUAAACUUGUUCCGCUUAACUAGCUUCAUUUGUCAUUAUUGACUUCACCUAUCUUCAUGUAUAUGUUUUGUAGGCAUGGAUAUUCACCGGUCAUUGUUACCAGUCAGUGCCGUAGUCCUCGUUGCAUGGAGUAUUCUGUUUCGACUGUCUUUCCAUCAAAUUGAUGAAGGUCAUGUCGGUGUAUAUUAUCGUGGAGGUGCCCUACUGUCUCAAACAAAUGGACCUGGCUAUCAUUUAAUGAUUCCUAUUAUAACAACAUUUAAACCUGUCCAGAUAACUUUACAAACUGAUGAAGUGAAGAAUGUUCCCUGUGGUACAAGUGGUGGGGUUGUUAUUUAUUUUGAUCGUGUUGAAGUGGUCAACUUUUUGGCAGCUGACAGUGUGCAUGAUAUUGUCAAGAAUUAUACAGCCGAUUAUGAUAAAACAUUAAUUUAUAACAAAAUACAUCAUGAAUUGAAUCAAUUUUGUAGUAGUCAUACAUUACAAGAGGUAUACAUUGAACUGUUUGAUCAAAUCGAUGAAUAUUUGAAACGGACAUUACAAGCAGAUUUAACUACAAUGGCUCCUGGUUUAUACAUCCAAGCUGUACGUGUUACAAAGCCUAAAAUCCCUGAAGCUAUAAGACGUGAUUAUGAAGCUAUGGAAGCUGAAAAAACAAAAUUGCUAAUAGCUGAACAACAUCAAAAAGUGAUUGAACGACAAGCAGAAACUGAACGUCGUCGAGCAAUAAUCGAAGCAGAGAAAAUCUCUCAAGUAUCUGCAAUAGAAUGGAAAGCUAAAGUUGCUGCACAAGAACAAGAGCGUAAAAUCAGUGAAAUAGCUGAUGCUACCCAACUUGCUAGAUCCAAAUCAAUUGCUGAUGCUGAACACUAUCGAGCUGUAAAAGAAGCUGAAGCUAGUCGGUUAAAGCUAACUCCCGAAUACUUAGAAUUAGCUAAAUAUCAAGCAUUAGCACAAAAUUCAAAAAUCUAUUUCACUGGUGAUCAAGGCAAUCUGAUUAUGGAUCUUAUCAGUCAAAUGUCUACAAAUCAAGUAAAAAAAUCAAGUGAAUCAGGAGUAAAAGAAGAUCAAGUUGUAUCUUCAACUCCUUAA